CAGCUGCGAUAGCCUCCAGCGCCCUUCGAGUUCGUGUAGUUUUCAAACUUCGUCAGUGGUCAGUUACUUCAAAUACUGCUUCCGUAAAGGCUGCUAAGGAAUAAUUUAAAGGUUGUAUCGAGGCGCUUUUCCUCAUUUUCUAAACAUUCUAUCUACGUCAUUGAUCGUAACCAAGUAAUACUAUUAUUAUUAAGUACUUCCGGGUUGUUGCGCGCGGUCAGGAUACUUUGAGAAAAUAAAGGAUCCGAGCAAGAGGCUCAUCUUGUGCAGUGCAUUUUUUUCUGGAUUGCACAGAGUGGUGCUGUGGUUCAGGGAGUGAACUAUGAACCCUCAUUUCAACUGACUUUUUGUCAGUCCUCAGUCCUAGCGACUCCAUACUCGGAACGGGAUUUUUGUCCGACAGUUUUCCAAACAAAUCUGACUUACCACCGACAAUGGCUGAUAAAGCAAGCUUUGAGGAUACCAUCGUUCACCUGGAUGUUAAGGAUUAUUAUGGAAGGAAGUUGCAGAAGACCUCAGAUCUUAAGAGUAACGCCUGUGUGGCUCCAGCAAAGCCCUACCCAAAAUUCAUCCUCCAUGCUCUGAGGAAAGUUCAUGCUGAUGUGACUGACAGAUACUAUGGUUGUGGUCUGGUAGUGCCAGAGUGUUUGGAGGGCUGCAGGAUUCUGGACUUGGGCUGCGGGAGCGGCAGAGACUGCUACAUGCUGAGUCAGUUGGUGGGAAAGGCUGGCCAUGUCACUGGCAUCGACAUGACUGAGGAUCAGCUCGAAGUGGCCAGGAAACAUGUGGACUUUCACAUGAAGGAGUUUGGCUACCAGAAGCCCAAUGUGACUUUUGUCCAGGGCUACAUUGAGGCCUUAACAGAGGCGGGUCUGGAAAAGAACUCUUUUGAUAUCAUCAUCUCCAACUGUGUGGUGAAUCUUUCUCCAGACAAGAAGCGAGUCCUGACUGAAGCCUAUCAUGUGCUCAAGGAUGGUGGUGAAUUUUACUUCAGUGAUAUCUACAGCAAUGGAAGACUAACUGAGAAAAUUAAAAACCACAAAAUCCUGUGGGGGGAGUGUUUAGGUGGUGCCCUGUGGUACAAAGAUCUGCUGCGACUGGCGGAGGAAGUAGGAUUCAGUCCACCAAGGCUUGUCACCGCCAACAUUGUCACUGUAGAUAACAAAGAACUCCAAGACAUUCUGGGCGACUUCAAGUUUGUGUCCGCCACAUACCGUCUGUUUAAGGUCCCGAAAGACAGCCCAACGUCUUGUAAAGUCAUUUAUAAUGGAAACAUCACAGGGGCAGAGGACUCCCUCCACUUUGACUGUCAGUACGUCUUCAAGGCAGAUCAAAUUGUGGAUGUAGAUGGUGAAUUAGCUGCCAUCCUGACCCAUUCCAGACUUGCCCAGGACUUCACUUUCCAGCCACCGGGAAGCUCCUGUGAACCCUGCGGAUUCAUACCAAAGGCACCUUGUGAGGAUCCUUUUGAGCUUGCUGUCCAGUUGCAGGGUCCAGUUUCAACCACAGGGGGGUGCUGCAAUGCAAAGUCUGCAACCUGCUGCAAGUAAUUGUUCGGUGGGUUCAUCCCCCAGCAUCAUAAUGUCAGGUUAUUUGGUAGACUGGUACAUCAGUGUUUCUCAGCUGUUGUCAACAUGGCGCCUACAUUUUCUCAAAAAACUGUUAGAAAAUGCCUAUAAAUAGAAAAAUAUAAUUUAAAAACAUUGCACGUUUAAAAGUACCUUUCAGAACCCUUUGAAAAGAAACUGAAUGAACAUGAAAAAUGUACAAUGUACAUAGUAAAAUAUCAAAACUGCAGAAAAUGCAACCACAAAUUUUCACCUAAAUCUUUGCACUUAUUUCUUCUUUUUAGGAAAGUCUCGUAAGAGUAAUAGUUUUUCACGCAUACCUAUCAAAAUAGUUAUUUUUCAAUUGAAAGUCGAACUAGUGAUGCACUUUAAUCAUUUGACUGGACAGGGGGUCCAGUUCUGCUCUGAUGGCAGCGUUAUCAACCAAAUUUGUACAACAGUCAAAAUUCACUAAGGCACAACUCUGCAAACUAGUUCACUGCAGGCCGCUCCUUAAUUCAAAAUAUCUUGGCUGGUACCAUCGUAAGCCACGGACCCACUGCACAUUUUUCCUACCUGUCCAUGAUCAACCAUUGUAGGCCCGGGACUCACUUUAGGGUCGCGACCUACCAGUUGAGAUACACUGCGGCAGGUAUUUGCAUUCACAGAGAUGAGGCGUUUGAAAGUUUGAUUUUUUUUUUUUUUAAAUAAUCCUCGCAGUUCUUUCAUGUGUUAUUUUGUAUCAUUUCAAUUAGGAAAUAUGAAUGGAAUGACCUUGCAUUAAAAAUGAAUGACAUACCAAUGCAAUGAUGUACAAUAUGUAUCAACAUACACUUAAAAGUAAUGUUUGAAGUGAUAUCAAUUGCUUAAUGUCUAAAAUGGACAAAUCAUCAAAGACGUUAGCUGGCCCAACCAGUUAUUAGGUUGAGAGGGCAAUUACUUUUUCACUCAAGGCCAGGUCACUUUUUAAAUUUACUUGGGUUGUAUUUGUCUGAUAUUUACAUUUGUUGGAUGACCUUAAACAUGCAAAAAUAAAAGAAUUUGAGAAGGGGCCCAGUACUUUUUCAGAGCACUGUACAUGUCACACUGGGCAAAAAAGCAGCUAAUCGACACCUGAGGAUUAAUAAGGGAUUUUGGAGUGAAGUGUUAGGGCUCAGAUGGAGGUCUUUCUUGCCCCAAAACACACAGCUAAAAACAUCAAAGAAUGAGUGAGAUAAAUACAGUAGACCAUUCUGAAGUGACUUCCAUAAACUGGAAUUUAAAUCUUAGAAAACAUCUGUGGAAGGCUCUGAAACAUGCAGGCUGGAGAAGGUAACAUUCUAAGGUAAAAUAGCCAGAGGGCUUUGCUAACAGGGACUGGGCCGAAAUAUCUUUUGACAGGUACGUAGGUAAGUAAGUGUCAUUGAGAACUGCAAAAAAGGUUUUACUUCCUCAUAACGUAGUGAAAGAAAACACAGCUAAAGUUGCCAUUUUUUCCCCAAUCCUGUUUGUUUGUCUUUUCUUUUGGACCAGAUGUCGUAAUUUUUUUUAAUUUGUACAUUUAUAUUUAUGAAUAUUUAUAUAUUUCAUCAUUUCCCCAUCAUAGAAAUAUUUCAAUAAUUUUACCUAAAUUUGUAUGACUACGUAUUCUGCAAAAUCAAUAGUAGCAUGAAUAAUCUACAGUAAACACUCCUGCAGAAUACGUUUUUUCUUUUUUAAGGGGUGACGCUCCCCGAUAAGUCUAUUUUAUUUAAUCGAGUGUUUUGUUGUUAUACUUGUAUGUAAUUUAAAAUUCUGUACAAUGCAUUUUAAGGCCUUAAUUGCUUUGUUAUAUUUUUUCUUUUCAUACUGUUAAUAAAUGC